AACCUUGAACAUUAUUUCCAAAGUUGUAAUAUUAACUGGAUGUAAAAUGAAGGCCGCAUUUUUUAUAUUGUCGAUUGCAACACUGUUGGCAUAUGCUGAGUGUAUAAAUCAAGUUACUAUAGCAAUGCGCAAAAACGAAGUCAUACCGGACGUUGUUUCUCAAGGUCCAAAAGCAGAACUUAGAGUCAAAUACGAUCGUAAGGCCGUGCAUUUGGGUAAUGUACUUACUCCCACUCAAACCAAGAAUAAGCCAGACAUAGUAAGCUGGAAGUUCGAUAAUAAUGCAUUUUAUACUUUAAUCUUUACGGCACCGGACGGACCGAGUCGCGCAAAUCCUAAAUACCGAGAAGUUAUAAAAUGGCUGGUUGUAAAUAUUCCUGCAAACAAUAUCAAUAAGGGAGAAGUCUUGGCAGAGUAUAUAGGAGCAGGUCCUUCAAAGAACGCAGGGUUAGCGCGGUAUGUGUUUUUAGUUUACAAACAGAAAGGGAAGCAGAACUUUGAUGAGAAACCCAUUGAUAAGUAUUCAUUCGAUCCACGGAAACAUUUUUCAACAAGAAAUUUCACACAAAAAUAUAAAAUGGAAAAUGUGCCUGUGGCAGCGGACUUUUUUCAGGCCCGUUAUGAUAGUUAUGUUCCUGUUCUUUACAAACAGGUCCACUAUAAUCCGGAUUCUUAAUUGAGGUAUUUUAAAUACUUUUUUUGUUAAUUUAUAUCCCGGAAAAUAAAGUAAACCAAAACGAAAAAUAAACAAGCAACAUUUAAAAAA